AUGGCUGCCGAGAAAUGGGUGUAUAUGGUGACGGCGCAAACUCCGACGAACAUCGCCGUGAUUAAGUAUUGGGGAAAGAGAGACGAGGUCCGGAUUCUUCCCGUGAACGAUAGCAUUAGCGUAACUCUUGAUCCCGAUCACCUCUGCACCGUCACUACAGUCGCCGUUAGUCCCGCUUUUGAUCAGGAUCGAAUGUGGCUCAAUGGCAAGGAAAUAUCUCUAUCAGGAAGUAGGUACCAAAACUGUUUGAGGGAGAUUCGAGGUCGUGCUGGUGAUGUUGAAGACAAGGACAAGGGAAUCAAAAUAGCGAAGAAAGAUUGGGAGAAAUUGCAUCUGCAUAUUGCUUCUCAUAACAACUUCCCUACUGCAGCUGGAUUAGCUUCUUCAGCAGCUGGAUUUGCUUGUCUAGUUUUUUCUCUUGCAAAGUUGAUGAAUGUAAAUGAAGAUCCAAGCCAUCUUUCUGCGAUAGCCAGGCAAGGUUCAGGAAGUGCUUGCCGCAGUUUAUUUGGUGGAUUUGUCAAGUGGACGAUGGGAAGCAAAGAAGAUGGAAGUGACAGCGUUGCAGUUCAACUGGCAGAUGAGAAGCAUUGGGAUGAUCUUGUUAUCAUCAUUGCUGUGGUGAGUUCACGGCAGAAGGAAACGAGCAGCACCUCUGGAAUGCGUGAAAGUGUUGAGACGAGUUUGCUUUUACAGCAUAGAGCAAAAGAAGUUGUGCCAAAACGGAUUCUCGCAAUGGAGGAAGCUAUAAAAACCAGAGAUUUCUCAUCUUUUACACAAUUGAGCUGCGCAGACAGUAAUCAGUUUCAUGCUGUUUGUCUGGAUACAUCUCCACCCAUAUUUUACAUGAAUGACACCUCCCACAGGAUAAUUAGCUUAGUUGAAAAGUGGAACCGUUCUGAAGGGACUCCUCAGGUUGCUUACACGUUUGACGCUGGCCCAAAUGCUGUACUGAUUGCACGCAACAGAAAGGUAGCAGUUCAACUGCUCCAGGGGCUUCUCUACUACUUCCCACCAAAGUCUGACACUGACAUGAGGAAUUACGUAGUGGGAGAUAAUUCGAUUCUAAAGGAAGCAGGAUUAGAUGGAGCAAACAGCGUAGAGAAUCUGCAACCUCCACCUGAAAUCAAAAACAACAUUGGAUCUCAAGAUCAACGAGGAGAAGUCAGUUAUUUCAUCUGCACCAGACCUGGAAGAGGUCCUGUCGUGCUUCCCGACCAAACUCAAGCUCUUCUUGAUCCUGAAACUGGCCUGCCCAAGUAA